AUGGCGCCACCGCGAGAUUUUAUUCCUUCAUAUUUACGAGAUAGUCCAAUUUCCUUGCUAAAUAAAAGAUCAGUAACUUCUAUAUCAUUACCUACUCGUUGGAAUCCCCAUGAUCGGGCUCCUUAUGUUUCAGUUUUGGAAGAUGGUGUUAGUCUUGAAUAUAUUGGUACACAAGAAUAUAGGCCAGGAAGGAAUUGGAUAGAUGCAUCUUCGAUCCGAACGAAUUCUCCCGUUCUUCCAGAAGUUGGAUUAUAUUAUUUUGAGAUCAAAGUUAUUGAUAAGGGAGAGCGUGGAUGUAUUGGAAUAGGACUUACCAAAGGACAUAUUCCUCUUGACCGGAUGCCAGGAUGGGAACAAGAAUCAAUAGGAUAUCAUGGAGAUGACGGAUUGCUUUAUCUACAAAGUGGUCGUGGUGAUAAGUAUGGUCCUUUAUACACAACCGGGGAUACUGUUGGUUGUGGAAUAAAUUAUUAUGAUAAAAGUAUAUUUUUCACAAAAAAUGGAGUCAAUUUAGGUGUAGCAUCAAAAGCCAUAUUUGAAGGAGAAAUGUAUCCAAUAGGUGGAAUGAUAAGUCCAAAUGAACGUAUUGAAGCCAAUUUUGGAGAAAAACCAUUCAAGUAUGAUAUAGACACUUAUGCAAAGCAUGUUUUUACACAAGCUGCUGCUAAUAAGAUUAAAGAAGAGAAAGCAAAGUCAAGUGAGCAAACAUCUGAGGUUAUCGAGACAGAGAGCCGUGAAAAUGUCGAAGAUAAUGGACAAAUUAUAAUUUCAGAACAGGCUGAUGACACUGAACAAAGUCGAUAG